GUUAUUCAUUUACAUAUAGUUAAUGUGCUACUGCUACCCUUAAGCUUAUGUUUCAAGUAUGGCUAUCCAACUUCUCUUCCUAUGGCUCCUUUCCACAAUAGUACUUGGUGCCUUACUAACUAGAAGGAAGAACCAAAACCAUCUUUCUCCACCAUCCCCUCCAUCACUACCUAUCAUUGGACACCUUCACCUUAUAUCUAAACUACCUCACCAAAGUUUUCACGAGCUCUCAACACACUAUGGCCCCAUAAUGCAGAUUUUCCUUGGCUCUAAGAGAUGUAUAGUAACUUCAAGCCCUGAAAUAGCAAGGGAGUUUCUUAAAACCAAAGAAACUUAUUUCUCCAACCGUUUCACAAGUGCUGCAGUUCACUACCUGUCAUAUGGCUCAAAGGGUUUCUUGUUUGCUCCAUAUGGUGAGUAUUGGAAAUUCAUGAAGAAGAUGUGCAUGUCGGAGCUUCUUGGUGGAAGAACACUUGAUCAGUUCCUUCCCUUGAGGCAACAAGAGACUUUGAGGUUUCUGAGACUCUUGCAGAAGAAAGGGGAAGCUGGUGAGGCUGUUGAUGUCGGCGGCGAGCUCUUGACUCUUACAAAUAGCACUAUAUCAAGGAUGGCUAUGACAAAAAUUUGUUGUGAGAAUGAUAGUGAUGUUGAAGAAAUCCGGAAGAUGGUGAGAGAUGCUGCAGAGCUAGGAGGGAAGUUUAAUGUGUCAGAUUAUAUUUGGUUUUGUAAGAAUCUGGACUUGCAGGGAAUGAACAAAAGGCUUAAAGGGAUUAUGGAGAGGUUUGACACAAUGAUGGAGAGAGUGAUAACGGAGCAUCAGGAGGAAAGGAAGAAAAGGAAGGGAAAAGGUGAAGCUGGUCAUGUUAGGGAUCUACUUGAUAUUUUGUUGGAAGUUCAUGAAAAUGACAACAGUGAGAUCAAGUUCAGCAUGGAGAAUGUCAAGGCUUUCAUUUUGGAUAUAUUUAUGGCAGGAACAGACACAUCUGCUACAACAAUUGAAUGGGCUAUGGUUGAGUUAAUAAACAACCGACUUGUGAUGGAAAAAGCAAGAGAAGAGAUUGAUUUAAUAACAAAAAAAAGUAGAUUAAUACAAGAAUCAGAUCUUCCCAAGCUUCCAUACUUGCAAGCAAUAGUUAAAGAAACCCUAAGAAUCCACCCUACAGCACCAAUUAUAGGGAGACAAACAUCUGAGAGUUGUGUUGUUUAUGGUUAUGAGGUUCCAGCAAACACAAUUUUGUUUCUUAAUUUAUGGUCAAUGGGUAGGGACCCUAAACUGUGGGAAAAUCCACUUGAGUUCAAGCCAGAGAGGUUUAUGAGGGAAGAUAUUAAGUUUGAUGUGAGAGGACAAAAUUUUCAAUUCAUGCCAUUUGGAACUGGAAGAAGGGCUUGUCCUGGGACUUCAUUAGCACUUCAAGUUGUUCCAACCAAUCUUGCUGCUAUGAUUCAAUGUUUUGAAUGGAAGGUUGAUGGUGAUGGAAAAGUUAACAUGGAAGAGAAACCUGCUAUGACACUUCCAAGAGCUCAUCCUUUGAUGUGUGUCCCUAUUCCUAGGUUUAAUUGCUUUUCUAAUUUUGGUCACUAGACUAUAGAUAAAAUGGUAUCAUUUGUAGCUUUGAAAUUAGUUGUCAUGUUUAUGCAUUGAUAUGUGUGUUCUUUUGCUUGUACUCUAGAACUUGUAUCAGGGAUAUACCUAUUUGUUCCUGCUAAGUUAUUUUAUAUUUUCAAUCUAUCAAGUUUUCUCAUAACAAGUCUAUUAGUAUUGAACAAGUCAUGAGAUUUCUUUUUCUUUUCAA